AUGAGCACUAGCCAAUUACACGAGCCACACGACCCUUGUUCUGCUGCUGUGUCAACCAAUCUGGCUGGUCGUAAGGCUGCCAAGUCGCUGAGGCUAUUUCGUGGGGAGACAAGAGAGAGACACGAGGGAGCUCGAGACGAGGGACAAUCUGCUUCGGCUGCUACAUCAUCGUCGACUUUAUUUCCGGUGUCCGAUACGGUAUCCGAUACGGUGUCCGAUACAGUUUCUGAAUCUGUGUCUGCCUCGAAAUCUACUCCUACGCCUCCUCCGGCAGUCAGCUUGGCUGCAACGUCUACAUAUUCUACUUCUGUUCCUGCCAUUUCAACGUCUUCCAUAGGUUGCCCACGUCAUAAAUCUAUUACCAUCGCAAGUCUUAAGUCUCAUAAAAACUCCGAGCUGCUUGGGAGGCAAUUUGGUCAACAUAAAUCUGUUUCACCGAUUGGGUCGUUUGAUUCAGAAACCGUUUCUUCUGCCAUAUACUUUCCCCAUGCUCCUCCAAAUGCCCAAUUCAAUCUCACACCUGAACAUCUUACACCUGCUGCCGAAUUUGAUCAUACCGUGGACGAUUUAGGCGAUAUCGAAGAGAUUGAAGAGGCAAUAGAGCACGAAAACAAAAAGGAACAUAACGAGGAGGUCGAGAAAGUGUUCAAGAAGGUUGUUUCUGCCCAAAAUUCAUUCAAAGAAACUUCUGCAGUAUUUGCAAAUAAUUCAUUCUCCCCCGAAAACCUUAACGAGGAGGUUUAUCCGCUGGCUGUUGAAUUACAGCCGUUUAAAAACAAGGUUGGCGGCCAUACAGCUAUCUUUAAAUUCAGCCACCGUGCAGUGUGUAAAGCUUUGGUAAAUCGAGAGGACAGAUGGUACGAAAAUAUUGAGCAAACCCAUCCUGAGCUUCUUAAAUUUAUGCCUAAGUACAUAGGAGUUUUGAACGUUCGAUACAGCACACUAGUGGAUGAAGCUGCCGAUAAGAAACUUUGCCUUUCGCCAGAGUUUAGCAAUGAGUGCAAAGCUCAACAAAAAGCCGCACAUGAUGCUGCAAAGGCUGCUCAGCAAAAGGCCAUUUCCCUUGGUAGAAUGCCUCAAGCCGUCCCUGGUGAAGAGGUUAUUCCAGAGGUGGUUCUAGAAGACAAUCGCCACAUAGUACCCGAAUCUCUUUGGUCACAUUAUUCGUCGCCUACUCCCAACGGAUCUUCGUAUCUUUCGCCCCACCAGGAAGAAAGACCAAGGUUUUCCUGUCGUAUAAAAUCGGAGGACUCGCUUGGGUCUACUACGGUCAAUAGAAAGCUUCAAGAGCUUGUUUUGACCGAGGUAUUUGCUCCAAUUAGAGAAUAUACCAAACGUAACAAACAUGGCUCUCAUACGAAGCAUAGAAUUUUAUCCUCCGAGAUCCAUACCAAUCCUCAAACUACGGGAGAGACUUUGGAAGACAACACGAUACCUAAUAUAAGACGCUUCCAUCGAUAUUCGACCAACAGUAUAUCUGAUUCACAGCUUAGAGAGACCUCAAUUACCAAAUCUUCCGAUCAGGGUAGCUUCAACAGGGAAGACGAGGCAGUGGAAAUAGAACCUUCUUCGGUUCAUUCCGAUGAUAUUAAGCUUGGUGUGGAAGACGGGAAUACCUUUCCAGAUAGAAAAACAAUUGUGUCGAGCAUUAAAGCGAUUAGACACGAAAGGCUUGGGAAAGAGCUGAAGACUACCGAUGAUAAUGAUGACAUCUUUAUGAUGGAGCCCUCUGGAGAGCACUGCAGGGAGCCCCCAGAGGAGGCUGUGGAAGAAGAUAUACCUGCAGAUAUGUUAUCGGCCUAUUCGUUUCCCCAUAAGCUUCGGAAGCAUACCACUUUCGAAAGAUUCAUCAUGCUUGAAGACCUCACACGAGGAAUGGAGCAUCCAUGCGUAUUGGACCUAAAGAUGGGAACCAGACAGUAUGGAAUCGAGGCCAAGGCCACCAAGCUAGAGUCACAGAGACGUAAGUGUCAUCAGACAACAUCUCUUAGACUUGGAACAAGGAUCUGUGGUAUGCAGGUUUGGGAUAUGAAACAAAAUCGGUUCAUUAAUAGGGACAAAUACUUUGGAAGGAGCGUGACUAUCGGAGAGAUGUUUGUAAGGUCACUUUCGCGGUAUUUGUACGAUGGGGUGAGUAUUUUCUCGAUAGUCAAGCAUCUUCCAAAGCUUAUCGAAGAAUUGGGUGAGCUUGAAAAGACUUUCCGGACAUUGAUAGACUAUAGACUCUAUGGGUCGUCGAUAUUACUCAUAUAUGACUCGAAUGCAGAUAGCAGAAGUGAAAAGUCUACUUUAAUUCUUCGCAUAUUAGACUUUGCGCAAUGCCUUAUAGGUACGGAGCCAUUACCUGAGAGUACAACGUUUGCACCGACACAUCGGGGUAAACCUGAUUACGGAUUUCUAAGAGGCUUGUGCUCUCUUAUUUUCUACUUUAAGCUUAUGUUUGGAGAGUAUACAGGCACUGAAUACAAAGACUAUACAGGGGCUUUGAAACUAAUUGAUGAGCUCCGUAAGAAGGGGAAACUUGAUCACAACUGUGAAUGGUUGGAUCGAUUUGAUGAACAAGAAAAUAAAUGUCCUUAUCGAUUUGAUUUGGUUCCUAGAGAAGAGGAUGAUCCGUAUGACGACAUCUCAGAGUAA